AAAAUUGUCGUUGAGCGCGUGCGGUCGUUUUGCAGGAAAAUAACGGUUAACAAAGCUCGAGUUGAGGCUUAUAUAUUCGACGUUCCGUGUUUUGUGCCGCCUCCCAUUUGGACAAACUACACAACAAAGGGAACAACUUUAACUGCUCGUCCUGCUCCUCCCCUCCCCCGCACCAUGUACUACAAUUCACGGGCCUACCUAUCGCCGCGUUUUCUUUAACACUCUUCCGUCCGCGUGGGAGUGUGUGAACGUACGUGUACGUGUACGUGGAGUGAGUGUGAGGUGUGAGUGUGUAAGAAAGAAACGGUGAACAAAUCAUCUCAACACCCCCCGCUUGAUCUGAUCGUUUGUGCGUGUCCCGGAACGACCUCUGCCCUGCAGAAUCUUAAGGGUCCACAAAAGUUUUGUGUCCAGCUGUAAUGUAACGAUAAAUGCAACAAACAGCCACAGACCAGACCAGACCAGACCAGACCGAAGUUUUCCCCAAAAAAGUUUCGCUUCUCGCUGUUCUCAUAAAAUAUGCCAAGACAUUUACAUCUCCGCUGCUCGUCCCCCCAAUGGCCGGCAAAGUGUUAAAGCGCCACAAAAAGAGCCAUGCACGAGCUGGAAUCGAUAUUUGAGCAAACACCAGCGCCAGCACCUGUCGCAAGAUUGCUGCUAUGCUAAUAAAUUGUAACCGUGCAAUCGCUUUAAUUAAGGAACCAUCAGAGUGCGAGUCAGCGUCAACGUCAGCGGUUAGCUGCUGUGUACUGUGAAGUUGCGGGGUCUGGGGCAUUGUGCGUAAAGAAGGACAUUCGCCAAUCUGUGGACGCGCCUACGCUCGCCGCGGCCCAAUCGGGCCAGUGGCGGCUACUUGCUGACGGGCACAAGUGCGCCCCGUGACGAUGAGCUCAUCGCUGGCUUGUCGUUGCCAGGACGAAGGCGUCUGCAACCGCAGCAGGACCAAAAGCAGGAACAGGAACAGGAACAGCAGCAGCAGCAGCAGCAGCCGCUGCUAGGUGCCGUUUACGCAGCCCCCAAUGAGUGUUUAAUUAAUGUAACGGACUUUAGUGACGGGCUUCAAGUGUGCAGCGAGACAAGCGGGGCUGGAGCAGUCAAUGAGCUGAAAGUACCAACCAUACCAACCACAAACAUCAGCAGUAACAACAUGUCACGCAUUAUACAACCACGUUAUCGUUUCCGAGAUCUGCUGCUGGGCGAUUUCUCGUUCAACGACGAUGGCGAAAGAGUUCGUGUGGAGUACUACGUGAAUGAAAACACAUUUAAAGAAAGACUGCAACUCUACUUCAUUAAGAAUCAGCGUUCAAGCUUACGCAUACGAAUUGCCGAUUUAUUCCUUAAGUUACUGUCGUGUGUUCUCUACAUUAUACGUGUGAUAUUGGAUAAGAAUCCAACAUUUAUAACUUGCUAUGGCUGCGAGGUGGGCAAUAAGACAGAGUUCAUCAUCUCGGCCAAACUGACGGAGGAGGAGUUCCAGGAGAGUCCGAUCAUCAACUGGGAUGCGAUACUCUGGGUGAAUCGGCCCACAGUGCUGUGGGUGCUGCAGCUGCUCCUAGCCAUGGUGUCGCUAACGCAAUCCUUGGUUCUCACCUAUCUAGGCUAUAAGGGCAACAUUUGGCAGCAGAUACUCUCAUUUCACUUUAUACUAGAAUUAGUAACGACAAUACCAUUUGCACUAACGAUCGUUCAUCCUCCACUACGGAAUCUCUUUAUUCCCAUCUUCCUCAAUUGCUGGCUGGCCAAGCGCUCGCUGGAGAAUAUGUUUAAUGAUCUUCAUCGUGCCAUGCAAAAGUCUCAGUCUGCGUUGUCCCAACAGCUGACCAUAUUGUCGGCCACGCUACUCUGUUUGGUAUUUACCAGCGUUUGCGGCAUUCAGCACUUUCAGCGGGCUGGACAUCGGCACUUGAACCUCUUUCAGAGCACGUACUAUGUGGUUGUGACCUUCUCGACAGUGGGCUACGGCGACUUUGUUCCGGACAUUUGGCCCUCUCAGCUGUACAUGGUCAUCAUGAUUUGUGUCGCACUCAUUGUGCUGCCCACGCAGUUCGAGCAGUUGGCCUUCACCUGGAUGGAGCGCCAGAAGCUGGGCGGCAGCUACAGCUCCCAUCGAGCGCAGAGCGAGAAGCAUGUGGUGGUGUGCUCGACCACCCUGCACGCGGACACCAUCAUGGAUUUCCUCAAUGAGUUCUACGCCCAUCCCCUGCUGCAGGACUUUUAUGUGGUGCUGCUCAGUCCCAUGGAGCUGGACACGACAAUGCGAAUGAUUCUACAGGUGCCAAUUUGGGCACAGCGUGUGAUUUAUAUUCAGGGCUCCUGUCUGAAGGAUGGCGACCUGGCCCGGGCUCGCAUGAACGAGGCGGAGGCGUGCUUCAUACUCGCGGCCAGGAACUAUGCGGAUAAGACGGCCGCGGACGAGCACACCAUCCUGCGCUCCUGGGCGGUCAAGGACUUUGCGCCGAAUGUGCCGCAGUAUGUGCAGAUAUUCAGGCCGGAGCACAAGCUGCAUGUGAAGUUCGCAGAGCAUGUGGUCUGCGAGGAUGAGUUCAAGUACGCGCUGCUGGCCAACAACUGCACCUGCCCGGGCGCCAGUACCCUGGUCACCCUGCUGCUGCACACCUCGCGCGGACAGGAGGGGCAGCAAUCGCCGGAGGAGUGGCACCGCCUCUAUGGCAAGUGUUCGGGCAACGAGAUCUAUCACAUUGUCCUCGGCGACAGUCGCUUCUUUGGGGAGUACGAGGGCAAGAGCUUCACCUACGCCAGCUUCCACUCGCAUCGCAAAUAUGGUGUGGCCUUGGUGGGUGUGCGGCCGGCUGAGCUGCCCGAGUUCUAUGAGGAUACAAUACUCCUGAAUCCGGGUCCCAGGCACAUUAUGAAAAAGGAUGACACGUGCUAUUAUAUGAGCAUCACCAAGGAGGAGAACUCGGCGUUUGUCGUUAAUCAAAAUCAAACAUCGGACCCCACGGCAGCCAGCAAGGAUGGGGCUGGAGGUGGCACAUCUACCGCCACUUCCCAUCAUACAGCAGCUGCAACUGCCUGCGAUAAUCCGACGGCUGUGAUAAUAUCGGACUCCAGGCAGAACCUCAAGGACACAACGGUGACCCAGACGGCGGCCACGACAACCACAAUAACCACAACGACGCUGCCACCACCGCCCAUGACGCUGGGCGGAUCUUCGGGCAUGCCCGGCGGCUCUGGUGGCGGUGGCCACGGAGUGGGCAGCGGCCACAGUCUGGGCACCUCGCUGAGCGUCACACCAGCCACACUCUCCACGGGCAAUCAUCUGGAUGUGCCCUUUGGCAACAAUCCCAAUCUGCUCAGUCCGGAUGUGCUCAACCAGCGAAGAGGAAGCAGACGUCCCUCGAUCCUGCCCGUGCCCGAUAUGUUCACCUCCUCAUCGUUCAGCAUUGCCGGCAACGAUGAUGGCGAGGAGGGAGACGAGAGCGACGAUGAGAUUGACGAUGAGAUGCCUUGGCGCUCGCCCUCCGAGAAGAUCGCCUGCUUGGGCGGGCACUUUCCCCAAUCGCGCACCUAUUCGCUCAUCAUGAGCUCCUCGGAGGAUUCGUAUCAGCGAAGUUGCAGCUUUUGCAGCCGCAAUGCCGCUGCUACUGCCACCGAUGCUGCAGCUCCUGCUGCUGCUGCUCCUGCUGCUGUCAGACCGCCUGGGUCUGGUCUGGGAUUUCCUCUUGAAGAUUUCACCACUACGGAGCAACGCAGGCGUGCCAUGAAGAAAAGCUACAGCUGCGACAGCGAGUGUCGUAGUGGUCUGGGGCCCGGACCGGGCCUGGGACUAGGUGGCGGGACUCUGGCCAUUUUGGCGGCUCGAAGAAGGCAGCUGCAACAGUGCUGCACCUGCAGUUGCUCCACCACCACCUCCUUCUCCACCACCACGACUACGACAACAUCAGCAGCAGCAGCAGCAGCAGCGGCGGCGGCGGCGGCAGCAGCAGCAUUCACAUCGAGCAGUUCCGUUGAGACGCGUCGCCUGUCGCGUCCGGUGUGGGCCUCCGACUACUCCGGCAUUGUCAAGGGAUUCCCGCCCGUGUCGCCCUUCAUCGGUGUCAGCCCCACACUCUGCUUUCUGCUCAAAGAGAAGAAGCCUCUCUGCUGUCUGCAGCUGGCUCAGGUGUGCGAGCACUGCAGCUACAGGAAUGCCAAGGAGUACCAGUGGCAGAACAAGACGAUCAUUCUGGCCGCCGACUAUGCCUCCAAUGGGAUAUACAACUUUAUCAUUCCGCUGAGAGCUCACUUCCGCUCGAAGACUUCACUCAAUCCCAUCAUCCUGCUGCUGGAGCGACGUCCGGAUGUGGCCUUUCUGGACGCCCUCUCCUACUUUCCCCUGGUCUACUGGAUGCUGGGAUCGAUCGACUGCCUCGACGAUCUGCUGCGAGCGGGCAUCACGCUGGCCGAGAGCGUGGUUGUGGUCAACAAGGAGCUCUCAAACUCGGCCGAGGAGGAUUCCCUCUCCGACUGCAACACCAUUGUGGCUGUGCAGAACAUGUUCAAAUUCUUUCCCAGCAUCAAGAGCAUCACUGAGUUGUCGCAGAGCUCGAAUAUGCGGUUCAUGCAGUUCCGGGCCCAUGACAAGUACGCCCUGCAUCUCAGCAAAAUGGAAAAGCGCGAGAAGGAGCGCGGAUCGCACAUAUCGUACAUGUUCCGGCUGCCGUUUGCGGCGGGUGCUGUGUUUAGUGCCUCCAUGCUGGACACGCUGCUGUACCAGGCAUUCGUGAAGGAUUAUGUGAUUACGUUUGUGCGCCUCCUGCUGGGCAUAGACCAGGCGCCGGGCAGCGGUUUCCUCACCUCGAUGCGCAUCACCAAGGAGGACAUGUGGAUACGCACGUACGGACGGCUGUACCAGAAGCUCUGCUCGACCACUUGCGAGAUACCGAUUGGCAUCUACCGCACCCAGGAUACCUCGAAUGCGGACACGUCACAUGUGAGUAACUCGCCGGUCGAUAGAUGGGGACCCUUCUCGGCCUUCGGCAGGCAUUGUGUGCGCUUGCGUCCAUCGUACGACGAGGAAACUGGCACACCCGACUCCACCAAGGACUCUACGGAAAUGCUGCGCGGGGUCACCUACCGACCGCCACCCUCGGCCACAGGUGGGGCCGGGGCCGGGGCCAGCUUUCGGUCCCCGUCGCAGCCGACGCCACAGCAGCAGCGCCAGAGGUCGACCAACUGUCUGGGCGGCUGCUCGGAGCGUAAGGGAUCAUCUUACUCCAUCAAUCUGGCGGACGAGGCCAAGGACAAUCAUGCACAGCAGAUCGAGCGAGCGGAGAUUGCCAAUCUGGUGAGGAGUCGCAUGGAGUCCCUGAACCUGCCCACCAUCGACUACGAUGAUGUGAGCGAGAAGCGGAACCACUUGUCGUAUGUGAUAAUCAAUCCGAGCUGUGAUCUCAAGCUGGAGGAGGGCGAUCUCAUCUACUUGGUGCGGCCGUCGCCGUUCUCGGCACAAAAGACCUUCGAACGGCACAAUUCGCGUCGCAAGUCGAACAUCUCGUUCUGCUCGAAUAUCAAUCUGGGGGCCACUUGUGGUCCCCAAAUGCAAAACAUGUCCAACACCGCCGUCGGAGCUGGAUCGCGUCGCGGCUCCGGCAUCGCCGGUUUGAACCCCAUGCAAAUGCAGAGCGUUCAGACUUUGGCCGGGUAUGGAUCAUCCUCGCAGCGCUGUACCCCACCGAUGCAGCAAAUUAAAUCGAAUUCUCUUUCUCUACCCGACAGUCCGACGGUGGUUGGCAAUCAGCGUGGACGGAGUAACUCAUUGCGGAUCGACAACGAUAUACUGCUGCGGCGUUCCUCCUCGCUGAGGCAGGGACUGCCCAGUGUUGGCGUCAGUCAUGGCCGGCGAAAGUCGUCGCUGGAGGAGAUCGGCAUCAGUCACUUCACGACCCUGAUGCAGGCCACGAACCACAGCAAUCCCAUCAAGAUCUCGCUCAAUGGCAGCAUUGGCAUGGAGAACCAGAUUUCCCUUCAGGUUACACCGCCAGAGGAACCCACGCCCAUGCUGGGCGUGCCCUGCAUGAUGGGUGGCGGUGGAGGAGGCGGCGGCGGCAUAAACCCAUCCGGAGCUGGAUCCUCAACUAGUGGCAUGCUGGGUGCGGGCUCCUCGCUGGCCAUCAACACGGCAGAUCUGGGACCAGGUCCCAGCACCUCAUCGGGCGCUGGUAGCUCGCUGCAGCCACAGGACUCGCUUGGCCCACAGUCGUCGCAGGUGUCGUCGCCUCAGCAUUUGCAGGGAACGAUCGUAUGAUACAACCUGAUGUGGGGGCGCCGUCUCCGCUCCUCCAUGUCAAAGAACAAAUGGAUAUAGAACACGGCCCCCACACACAGACACAACCGUAGAGAUAAGUUCUGAGAGCAAA